CACCUCAGUAAAUUUCCGUAUUCGGCACAGUAAAGACAGAAUAGUGCCAUGGAGCCGCUACGCCCAGCUAAUGAGCAGGAAAUACGGCAACUCAUUCAAAUCUACGAAAGCAACCUUCCCGAGUCUGUGCAAUUUAUGUUAAUCUUGCAAAACAUUUUACGCCUAAAAACAACAGUUCACGGUCCGGAUCUAGACGGGGUCUCGCACAGACUCCGCAAAACCAUCUACGUUCCGAACAAAGACACUUUUUAUCAUUUUGCAACAUUUGUGGCCAUUAGCCGUGAAGAUGACCUAUACGUUAUGGCUCACUCUCUCGAGAAUCCUCCCCUUGAGCUAUCCAGUGCUCUUGAGAACACAACCCUCAUAGACUGGCAUCUGAAGCCUACGUUUAUAAUCGGUGGGGCGAGUAUAAUUCACGAACUAGUUCAUCGGAGGGCCAAGCAAUUUUCCUACACGGUAGAUACUUCACAUUACGUGAAUUAUUGGAUGCCACAAGAAAAAGCGGCCAAUAUCGAGUUUGUUGUCCCGGACGAAGUGCAGUUGAAACGAUUAGAAAAAGAGCAUGGUAGAAUUUUAAACGAAUGGUGGCCCUACCGGUACAAAUCCUCUCAGUGGUACAUCGAAUCAGCCAUCCAACAUCACGGCGGUCUUGGACUGUUUGAUAAAACCUCAGGCGCGCUUGUUGCUUGCGUGUUUAUAAAUGAUCUGGACGGAAUUGCACAUCUCUACACUGUGCCCGACCGUAACAAUAGAGGAUAUGGAAGUACACUAGCGAAAGCAAUCACUCGCCACAUCGCGGUAGAUCGUCAGCAACAUGUACAAACAUUCAUAACACUACAUAACGAAAAAUCCAUUAGGCUGUUUGUAAAAAUUGGAUUCGUCCCGGUUAACGAGAUAUAUUGGCUCACAUUUCAAUGAUAGGUGUAAAAGCUAUCUAGCGAAUGCUCUCUA